ACGCGACGUGUCUGCUACAGGCUGCAGCCUCGUCUCUCAUCGGACGAUGGGCUGAACAGGGAGCAAAUGGAACCUGUCAGAUUUGAUUUCUGUCUGAUUUGAAUCGCUCAGAGUUUAUUUCUGUCUGUUUUAAAACUACACCUCCGCUCAGACAUGGAGAAAGUGGUCAUAGUAACCGGAGCGAACAGUGGCAUCGGCCUGGCUCUGUGUGAGAGGCUGCUCUCCGAGGACGCCCAGCUUCGCCUGUGUCUGGCCUGCAGGAACGUGCAGCGGGCCGAGGCCGCUCGGGCCGCCCUCCUUACCUCUCACAGCAGCGCAUCUGUCGACUUGGUGCACCUGGAUGUGGGCUCUGUGCAGUCAGUGCUCCGUGCUGCUCAGGAGGUGAAAUCCAGGUACAAUAGAAUUGAUUUCCUGUAUCUCAACGCAGGAAUUAUGCCCAAUCCAAUGGUGGACAUCAAAGCUUUGCUCAAAGGUCUCUUUUCCAGGAACGUUAUCAACAUGUUCGCCACAGCAGAAGGUCUCUUAACUCAGCAGGACAGUCCCAACUCAGAUGGUCUACAGGAAGUUUUUGCUACUAACCUGUUUGGUCAUUUCCUCCUGAUCAGGGAGUUGGAGCCUCUGCUGUGUCAGCCAGGUCACACGUCCAGGCUGAUAUGGACUUCAUCAAGUAAUGCUCGUCGCUCAGCCUUCAGCAUCGACGACAUUCAGCACACAGCUGGGAAGGAGCCUUACAGCUCCUCUAAAUACGCUUCAGAUAUGCUCAGCCUGGCACUAAACAAACAUAAGAACCACCAGGGGCUGUUCUCCUCUGUGAUCUGCCCAGGUCUCGUGAUGACUAAUCUGACUUAUGGGAUCCUCCCCCCUUUCUUCUGGACUCUUAUCAUGCCCAUCAUGUGGCUGAUCCGGAUUUUCACCAACACGUUUACGAUUACGCCUUACAACGGAGCAGAGGCGCUUCAUUGGUUGUUUCUUCAAAAGCCAGAGUGUCUGGAUCAAAGAGCGAAAUAUCACAGUUUAACAUCAGGGUUUGGGACUAACUACACAGAGCCACGUCAGAUGGACAUCGAUGAUGAAAUGUCCGAGGCCUUCUAUUCAAAACUUCUCGAACUUGAGAAAACUGUCAGAAGCAAAGAGAGUGAGAGAAAUGUGUGUAGCUAAGUCACUACAUCAAAAAAUAAAAUCGCUUAUUUGGAUGCCAAAAGUUACCUUUUUUUAAGAGAUUUUAUUUGUUUUUUGUGUAAUUUUAAACUU